UUUGAAACGGUUAACAGAAAUUUUAUUCGUAUACUUAAUUUAGAAGCUUACAUGGUAUUUUAUUUUUUUUGGUAAAAAGUAGUGUUAUAUCAAUAUAACAGAUUGGACCAUACGUACCUGUGUUAUUUAUACUAAAUGUGAAGCAAGAUGGCAACGGAAAAUAGACCUUUUUACGAUGCCGUAACUUGCGUUUUAAGUUGUGCCCUUCAGGCAGAUUCAGAAAUACAGAGACUUGCUGAGGAAAGAAUCAAAGCUCUAGAAAUGGUAGACGAUUACCCAUUCAUCUUAGUUGAAAUUAUUGGUAGCAGUGAAGAAGCACUAGCAGAGAAACACAUGGCAUCAGUUUUUCUAAAGAACUACUUCCAUGAUAUCUACACUGGAAAUAGGCAAAAUGAAGUGCUAGAAAAUCCACUCUCGCUGUAUAGAUUAUGUGGAAGUUUAAUAGAUUUAUUGAGACUAAACUUCGUAAGCAUUAAAACAAUGAUCGCUGAAACAUUGUCGUAUAUAGUUUAUAAAGGUGGUUGGGCAAUUAUCGAUCAUAGGAUUUACCCAAUGUUGAAAUCAGAUAAUAAUGAAGAACAUAUCCAUAAUAUAGUAUUCUUUUUGAAGCAAUGCAUGAGCUGUGACAAUUAUAUACCACCAUUUAAAUGUUCACCGGAAUAUUUCGAACUAUUACUAAACGUAUUACAAAGGAAUACUUUUUCAGAAACACGAUCACUUACACUGCAACCAUUGUACUAUGUUAUUUGCUACUGUUUGAACUCUGAGGUUCAGGAGAAUGCAUUAUCCCGUCUUGGAAUUGAAUUUUACAAUAGGCUGAGCGAACCGUACAAUGCCAAUUCUGAUUUUAAAUUAAAAAGUGAAAUUAUAAAAUAUAUUACCAAAUUCGAGAUAUUAGGACCUACUAAACAUUGUCAUAUUAUUACUAAUUCACUACCUGCUAUUGGACAACUUAUGACUAGUUGCCGAGAUCAAUUCAAAGAGAUUAUAAAGCAGGCAAGUUCUAUUCCAAAAGACUGUUCUGAAGAAAUAGAUGACGAAUCUACAAAUUUUAUCGAUUUGAUUACUCUGAUUAUUAAACUUAUCAAAAGUAUGGUAUUUUCAAUGUAUUUCGAAUUAUUGUUAGAAGAUUUAGACAAUUUGUUGCACUGUCUGUUUAUAUUUAUGUGCUGCUACGAUGAAAUGGAGGAAGAGUUAUUUCUUGAAAAUGAAUUGAAGUCUCAAAUUUUUCCAUUGAGGACAAAUGCAGCCGAAAUUUUAAAGCAUAUUAAAUUCCGUGUGACCCGCAGAAAGAAAGGACCAGAAAUAUUUUACAAAAGUAUAAAUACUGUAUUUCACAACAUGAUGGAAGAAGUGCAGAUGUUGCUGGCAAAUAGGCAGCAGGAAGUGUAUCAAGCAAGAGUAACCGAAUCUUUGAUGUUCGGUUUGGGAUUUAUUAAUAGUAAAACUAUUCAGUAUGAUACGUCUAUAGAAACUCUUUUCCCAUAUGGAUUUUAUUUGGAUCAUUGGACGGUCCAAAUACAAACAUCAAUGAGGACAAACUCACUAGUAAUUGGACGAUUGUUGUGGCUUGGUGGCGUAUUUAGUCGUCUUUUGAGUUCAAAUUUAUUAUCCGUACAUUUAAAAGCGAUCAUUCAAAAUUUGAAGGGCGAAUCUAGCUAUUUAUAUGUGCCUUCUACAGAGGCUCUUAGAAAUCACAUGAUAACUUAUGACAACAAACUGAUGCCUACGGAAAACCAAUAUAUAUUAAAAAGUCUUUCCAGUGAAUUAUUAGAGUGCCUUUUGACUAUGAUACAAAAAAUGAAUAAUCCUACCUCAUGCUUAAACGCUUUAGGCAUUUUCGUUAAGCACCAUGAGCAAUGUGUAUUUACGUACAUGCACAAUCUGCAAGAUACACUUAUUAACACGAUCCACAAUCAUUUAUUCAAUAAUAAUGUUAUGCAAGAAGUAAACUUCAUACUAGGUAAUAUUGCUACCAAAGAUAAUUUACAAGAAGCUCUGCACCACGCUAUAGUUCCUUUUCUUUGCAAACUUUUGCAUGGGGAUUUGCCGGAGCAGCUGUUAGGUCGAAAAGAUACCGCAGAAAAAGCUUUAGAAUUUCUAAGUACAAUUGCCGUUCACACACCACCACCUAUUAGUGAGGCCUUAAUAGUUCAAGGAUUUUCUGGGGCUGCACACCUCAUGCUUGAUGAUGAGCACAACGGAGAUCGUAACAUGAAUGAGGCAGCUGCCAACUUUAUUACAACGCUACUAUUGAGAAUGGGGUCACAAAUAAACUAUUUAAGGAAUUCAAAGGUUCCUCUAUGUGAAUAUAUUCCAAAAAUUAUUUUUGGCUGUAUCGGAAAAGUCAUACCUCUGUCAGGUCUACAACUGUCAAAAUUGUGUGUUGUUAGUAUUAACACAUUGCCUACAGUAAUUGAACCAAAUUUUGAGUCUAUUUUGAAGUCUGUUUUGAGUGCCAUACAAACUAAUAAGCCUUUCGAUAAACUACGUGGAUUGUGGAUGAUUUUUAUAUACAUUUUAAUGUGCCGUCCAGGAAAUACCUCUAACUUUUUAUCCAGCAUUCCUGGACCUGACGGAGGAAGUGCUUUAAAUUACUUAAUAAACAUCUGGCAACCAGAAUUUGUUAGUGUCAUGAGCAAGUUUGAGAGAACUGUCAUGUGUAUGGCACUUGUGCAAGUGAUUACUGCAGUGUUAGAUGGAAAUGCAGACAAACUGAAAGAGAUCGAGGUUCAGUUAUUUACCAAAGAAAGAGGUGUAAACACAGUAGCAGGUGUUGAAUAUCUGUAUUUGCUACUAAUUUUCCUAGUAUUAAUGGAACAGGGAUUGAAUGAAGAUAUACCCGAGUCUUGUUUCGACUUGGUUAUAGAAGAGAUUGAUGAAGAAGAUUGCAAAAACGAAGACGAGGAUAUGUUGCUAAAUUUUUCCCCGCUGAACAUUAACAUAGUUGAUGUGGCAUCUCAGUUCCUUAAGCAUGAUAAUGUAUAUUAUUCAAAUGUUUGUAGACACUACCUCUAUGAUGAGGAAUUAAUGAGACUUUCUAAAUUGGGAUGUCUUGUGCCUCAAGUCUCCAUGGAGUAGCUCGAUCUUGAGUUUUAUCUAAGAGUAAACGAGGCUGUGUCACAUUAUUUUUAUUUUAUUUCAUCAGAAUAGUUUUUCUUUUUUAUUUUAUAUAUUUUUGUUAGACAUGUAUCCCGUGAAAUGUUUUUAUAUAAAUGCAUUUUGUAAGUAGGAUUGUAUUUUUACAAAGAACUGAUCUCGUAGGACUUUAAAAGCUGUUGAACUAAGUUCAAAAUAGUCCCAUAGUUAUGUUACCAAUGCUCUUUUACAAUAAAUAUAUUUCUGAUUA